AUACAAUAGUUCGGAGAAAAUAUGGAUCCAAACAGUUCAAAGCAGCUUCCAGCUCAUGGGCAAUGGACCACUGGCUUUUAUGAUUGUUUUGAGGAUCCAUCUAAUUGUUGCUACACAUACUUCUGUCCAUGCGCCACCUUUGGGCGAAUUGCAGAAAUCACAGAUAAAGGAACAAUAUCUAGUACAAGGGCUUGCAUACUGUACUAUGCUAUGGGGUUUGCUCACUGCCUAUAUGGGGCCACAUACCGAACCAAAUUGAGAGCGUUGUUUGCUCUACCCGAAGAGCCUUACUCAGAUUGCUUUGCUCAUUCUUGUUGCUGCAUUUGUUCCUUGACUCAAGAGUACAGAGAGCUCCAAAAUCGUGGGAUUGAUCCAGCUAUAGGGUGGCAAGCAAACGUUGACAAGUGGAAACGGGAAGGACUCAAGCCACCAUUUUCUGAACAAGGCAUGGAUCGUUGAUGUUGAUGUCGUCUCUAUUAUUGCUAGUUGUGUCUGAUUUGUCGUUUCUUGUGCUUGUGUGUUAUCAUGCUUGUAUUUCUAAAGAUUUUCCUUUGCAAUUGUUUGGCUUUAUGGUUUGGUAA